UCGUUUUCUAAUUCUUUUCUAACCUAACUUCUACUUGUUUUGUAGUUUGUGGUUAUUUCACGGUUAGAUUUAAAACUAUUCAAUUUGUCAUUAUUUUGGUUUAUUAUAUACAUUUUUCAACUUAUAAGUCUAGUGAGUGUUUAACACUGAUUUAAUUUAAUAAAUUAGGCACUUAACAAAGUAGGCUAGUGCAGUUAACACGUCAACCGGCGGUGUGCCACAGGAUUUAUAGUUUGAAUUAGGCCUAAAAACUAAAAACCUAUAAUUAUUAUAUUGCAAGACUCGUCAGCGGUAGCACGAUGGUUGUCCGUCAAUAUAAUGAAGAAAUGUCCUACUUGGAAAAAACAUCGCCUUUUUCAUGGAAAAUAAAAAAGGGAUUCCAGCCAAACAUGAAUGUGGAAGGAGUGUUCUAUGUGAAUCAACAUCUUGAGAAGUUAAUGUUGGAUGAACUUCGUAAUGCCUGUCGUCCAGGUAUGAUUGGUGGCUUUCUUCCCGGAGUCAAGCAGAUUGCAAAUGUCGCUGCCUUACCCGGAAUUGUUGGACGAUCUGUUGGUCUACCUGAUGUACAUUCUGGAUACGGAUUUGCAAUUGGGAAUAUGGCUGCAUUUGACAUGAGUGAUCCCACAUCAGUGGUUUCACCUGGAGGAGUCGGUUUUGAUAUCAAUUGUGGAGUUCGACUUCUGAGAACCAAUCUUAUGGAGAAGGAUGUGCUUCCUGUCAAGGAGCAACUAGCUCAGAGCAUGUUUGACCAUAUUCCGGUGGGAGUUGGGUCAAAGGGAAUAAUUCCAAUGAACGCUAGAGAUCUGGAAGAAGCACUUGAAAUGGGAAUGGAUUGGUCACUUAGAGAAGGAUAUGUUUGGGCUGAAGACAAAGAGCAUUGUGAAGAAUAUGGUCGAAUGUUGAAUGCGGAUCCAUCUAAAGUCAGUAUGCGAGCUAAAAAGAGAGGUCUACCACAGCUGGGAACGUUAGGAGCUGGAAAUCAUUAUGCUGAAAUUCAAGUAGUUGACGAAAUCUAUGAUAAAUGGGCAGCGAGUAAAAUGGGAAUCGAAAGUAAAGGACAGAUUUGUGUUAUGAUCCAUUCUGGAAGUAGAGGAUUCGGUCAUCAAGUUGCUACAGAUGCUCUAGUCGAAAUGGAAAAAGCAAUGAAAAGAGAUAAAAUUGAAACUAACGAUAGACAACUGGCGUGUGCUAGAAUCAAUUCUGUGGAAGGACAGAACUAUUUGAAGUCAAUGGCAGCGGCUGCUAAUUUUGCUUGGGUUAAUCGCAGCUCUAUGACAUUCCUGAGUAGACAGGCAUUUGCAAAGCAGUUCAACAUGACACCAGAUGACUUGGAUAUGCAUGUGAUCUACGAUGUUUCUCACAACAUUGCCAAAGUUGAGGAGCAUAUGGUUGAUGGAAAACUCAAAACACUCCUAGUCCAUCGGAAGGGUUCAACUAGAGCUUUUCCUCCCCAUCAUCCACUAAUUCCCGUUGACUACCAGCUGACUGGCCAACCAGUAUUGAUUGGAGGCACAAUGGGAACAUGCAGUUAUGUUCUGACCGGUACUGAAACCGGAAUGAAGGAGACUUUUGGAUCGACUUGUCACGGAGCGGGUCGAGCUCUCUCCAGAGCGAAAUCAAGACGCAAUCUGGACUACACCCAGGUUCUGCAGAAACUGGAAAGUCAAGGUAUUUCAAUCAGAGUGGCAUCUCCCAAGCUAGUCAUGGAAGAAGCGCCUGAGUCAUACAAAAAUGUCACUGAUGUUGUUGAUACAUGUGACGCUGUAGGUAUUAGCAAGAAAGCCAUCAAAUUGAGGCCUAUUGCUGUGAUAAAAGGAUAAAUAACGUCAAAAUAACUACGUCUAAUCAUGUAUUUCAUCCAUUACAAAUAAUUCUCAAAAAUUUAGAGAUUUGAAAUGUAUUUGGAAUCUCUUUUUCAUGACAUUUUUCUUUUCCUAUAUCAAACGCUCGACUCAGAAUGAUUUUGAAAUUUAUUUCUAUUAAUUGCUCUCACAUGAUUUCUUUUAUCAAUUAAAAAGGGAAGUAGAAUCCAAUUGCGUAGCAUUCUUCAAUAAUAUAAUUAUUUAUCAUUGCCUUGCAAUCAAUCAAAGUACGCUCUUCAGGCUAGACUCAUUCUAAAUUUCUCCCAUAAAUAAACAAUAUAAACUCUAUUACAUUCGGUUAAAAAUGAGCUAUGCAACCUAUAUUUUAUUUAAAUUAUGAAAGUUCACAUUGAAGUAGCAAUAAAGCAGUAUUUAAAAUCAAAUGAUAGUUUCAAAGUAGGUUUAUGAACAAGACUGAUUGGAAAUGCUUCACAUAAGAAUGAAUAAAUUUUUACUCAUACCGGGUAUAUAGAUAAAUAAGCUACAAAUCAAAUUAAUGUAUUUGUCCUAACUUUAUGGUAAUAAUAUUAAAUUAUACUCCAUAUUUAAUAAGAUAUUCAUACUUAUACUAAGACUCUGAUACCUGAAUACAAAAAGUUAAGAAUUUUAAGCAGUCACUCAUAAAUAUUUUUAAAAUGUGUCUGCGACAUAUUUUGCUAGUAUUAAAUUUGAAUAUUCGAUAUUGCCCACAACAGAAUCAAAUUCUGUUUGAAUUUUGAUUGAAUCAAUAGCAUAUUUUUGUUAGCAUGUUUCAUUUUUUACCCUACCUAAAACGUUUCAUAAAUUCAGUUCCUCUUGAGAGAAGGCAUUAUUAUUAUGAGUGAUCAGUUACUUUUUGCAAAUUCCAUCUUUGCCUAGCUCUUUAGCCUGUAUGAUAUGAAUCUCAUUUUAUUUUGGUGUUGAUGUUUUUUAUAUAUUAAUUUAAAUAUUUUCUAUCUACUAGUUGAAGACUCAGUAGCAUGAAAAUCAUUCAUUUCUUAGCUUUAAAACUAAAACUGUAUAACAGUCAUCACCUUAUUAUUCAAUUAUAACAUUUUUUGCUGGAGAUUUAUUGUUGAAAAAUUAUUCAAAUUUCAUUUGUAAUAUUUUGUAAAUACC